GUGAGUUGUAUCUAAUAGUAAUGAUUUUUAAAAGAAAAAGGAAGAAUCUAUCAAAUUUGGACCAAGAAGUAAAGAGGUCCCAAAUUGACUUUUUUAUGAAGACUUUAACUCCUUGUGCACCUCCAGAGGAGAAUCUUGUGUGUUCGCAUAAUUUUUAUGACUCGACUGCUCCAUCUAUCGACACGAAGGAAGAAAAGACAGUCACUCCUGUGAAGAAGAUCUUGAAGAAGCCAAAAAUGAAGAAACGACAGAUAAAGGCAACUAAGAGGAGCAAAGAAGAGUCUGAGUAUAAAGCGAUAGUUAGACAGCCUCCAGCUGAAAAGAGACAGACAAGAGCGAAGAAAAAUAAAUCAAAUUUUGAUGAAGAGAUGGUAGGAAUGAGCCGUGACGAAGAGAAAAUGCUCCAAAUCGCACUAAAGAACUCUCUAAGGCAGAAAAGGAUCACCUCCUUCAUUCCUUUGAAUGAGAUCGAGGAGAUGAAGGUAUACAGGCCAUCAGAAGAAGAAUUCAGAGAUCCGAUACAUUAUAUCGAAAAACUAUAUGCAGAGGGAGCUCAUGAGUACGGAUGUGUAAAAAUCAUCCCUCCUUCGAGUUAUUGACCUCCGAGGCCAAUGGAUAAGAGUUCCUCUAAAAGAAUGCCGAUUAGGCUCCAGACUGUGCAGGAGUUAUCACAAGCGAAGCCAUUUGAUACGAAUGAAGAGGGGGUCACAUUCCAGGAAUUUAUGAAUAAAGAUCCAGGCUCAAAAGCUUUUAAGCAUCUUAUUGACACCAAGGACUAUGAUCAAAUUGAACGAAACUUCUGGGAGUUCUUAGAGAAUCCUGAGAGUGAAACAGUUCAGGUAGACUAUGCAUCUGAUCUGAAGAGUGACGAGUUCAUGGCCAAAGAAGCAUCUGAGGAUGCAAAUUAUCAGAACCAUCCUUGGAAUAUGAAUCGACUACACUUGCAGAAAAACUCUCUUCUUCAGUUCUGUGAAGAUAAGUACAUCUCAGGGAUCACUAAGUCUUGGCUAUAUGUUGGCAUGAUGUACUCCUCCUUCUGCUGGCAUUAUGAAGACUUGAUGAUGUACUCACUUAACUACAUGCACGAAGGAGAAGGCAAGAUUUGGUAUGCUAUUCCAAGCUACCAUAGAGAAAAAUUUGAGAGGCUGGCUAAGGAUAAACUAGCUUCAAGGUUUAGCGAAGAUCCUAAUCUCCUGUUGGAUAUCAAUGUUAUGCUUAACCCAGCUUAUCUAGUUGAGAAUGGAGUUCAUGUGUACAGGACUCAUCAGAAGCCUGGAGAAAUCAUCAUGACUUUUCCAGAAUCUUACCAUCAAGGUGUCUCAGUGGGCUUUAAUAUCGCUGAAGCUGUUAAUCUUGCUUGCCCCAGCUGGAUAGAAUAUAUCUACAAAGCUAUGACAGUGUAUAUGGCUACGAGAGAGAAAGUUCCUGUCUUCCCGGUGGACUGGAUGCUCAUUGAAUGAGCCAAAAAGAUAGAUAGCUGUAGUUUUGAUCCAGAGCAGCGAAAAAUACUCAAACAAGCCUACUCUCUUUGGCUCCAAAAAGAACUGACAGAAAGAUCCCUAGUUGCAUCACACUACCAGGACAAGGAAAGAUAUCACAAAGAAAACGUCAAACUUCUUCCAAACAGAGAAAAUGUCGGUGAAGACGCUUUUGAAUGCUUCUACUGAAUAAAUCUCUGUUACUCAUCUCUUAUCCAAUGUCAGAAUUGCGGCAGAAACUACUGUAUUUCCCACGAACUUCACUGUGGAUGUCCAAAAGAUCAGAUUAGGAUUGUUUACAGGUAUUCUACGAAAGAGCUACAAUCUUUCCACGACCAUAUUUAA